GUGUUGGAGCGCGAGGAGGGCCGGGAGUGAUGGCUUAGCCGCUCCCGUGUUAUGUAAUCCCCACUCGGUCCAAUGGUGCAUCCCAAGCCCUGUGCGCCGCGGUGACUUUACCAAGUCGCCGCCUCCGGCCCUGCGAUUUCUGCGGGAUGGCGCUGUGAUUUAUAAAAUGGGACGGGGCGGCGGGACCUUUAUUUCCCGGCGAUUAUGCCCUGCCUGCCGCGGUGGGCGCCAUGUUUAUCCCGGGGACUAUUUUCUCCCGAAUCUUAGCACCUACUGAAAAGAGGGGGUGUCGACGAUCCACCUGCCUUCCCUCUCUGCGAGUUGUCCUGAUUUUUCUUGUCCCGUUACACGCGGGACUCCCUGAAAGUGUUGAUAACGCUGGACGUUUCUCUGGUCACUAGUCCUGGACAUUCUUAGCUCUGAAAGAAGGUAGAGCUGAGAGAGCCUUGUAAAUCUUUGAGCCCCAUCUCAUUUUUGAGGAGGAAACAGGUCCAAGUAGUACUAGCUCGGAACAGCCCUCCACUCUCACUUAGACACCGCCCACCGCAGCUCGAAACCCCACGGAGCGUACCAGCUCCGUUGGGGGUGUCUGUCAAACUACAGGAACCAGCAGAGUGAUGACUCGCAUGGCGGACACCGACCUGUUCAUGGAGUGUGAGGAGGAGGAGCUGGAGCCGUGGCAGAAAAUCAGUGAUGUCAUCGAGGACUCUGUAGUCGAAGAUUAUAAUUCAGUGGAUAAAACUACUACAGUGUCCGUGAGCCAGCAGCCAGCCGCGGCCCCAGUGCCCAUCGCUGCCCAUGCUUCUGUUGCUGGCCACCUCUCUACAUCCACCACCGUUAGUAGCAGCGGGGCACAGAACAGCGACAGUACAAAGAAGACUCUCGUCACACUAAUUGCCAACAACAAUGCUGGCAAUUCUUUGGUCCAGCAAGGUGGACAGCCACUCAUCCUAACCCAGAAUCCAGCCCCGGGUCUGGGCACAAUGGUUAGUCAACCAGUAUUGAGGCCUGUCCAGGUCAUGCAGAAUGCCAAUCACGUGACUAGCUCCCCUGUGGCCUCGCAGCCAAUAUUCAUCACCACACAGGGAUUUCCUGUAAGAAAUGUCCGACCUGUACAAAAUGCAAUGAAUCAGGUUGGGAUUGUGCUGAACGUACAGCAAGGCCAAACGGUUAGACCAAUCACACUAGUCCCAGCCCCAGGUACCCAGUUUGUGAAGCCGACAGUGGGAGUCCCCCAGGUGUUCUCUCAGAUGGCCCCCGUGAGACCCGGCUCCACGAUGCCCGUGCGACCCACCACCAACACCUUCACCACCGUCAUCCCAGCCACGCUCACCAUUCGGAGCACCGUCCCGCAGUCCCAGGCCCAGCAGACCAAGUCCACUCCCAGUACUUCCACCACCCCCACCGCCACGCCACCCACCUCGCUGGGGCAGCUAGCCGUCCAGCCUCCGGGCCAGUCCAACCAGACCCCGAAUCCCAAGCUAGUGAGCAUUACCAGCUUUGUCACUGUGAAGCGACCUGGGGUUACAGGUGAAAAUAGCAAUGAAGUGGCCAAACUGGUGAAUACCCUUAACACCAUCCCUUCCCUGGGCCAGAGUCCCGGGCCGAUGGUGGUGUCCAACAACAGCUCUGCCCAUGGCUCUCAGAGAACCAGCGGACCUGAGUCUUCAAUGAAAGUGACCUCUUCUGUCCCCGUGUUUGACCUCCAAGACGGCGGGCGGAAGAUAUGCCCACGAUGCAGCGCUCAGUUCCGCGUGACCGAAGCUCUGAGAGGGCACAUGUGUUACUGUUGCCCGGAGAUGGUUGAAUACCAGAAGAAAGGGAAGUCUCUGGAUUCCGAACCCAGCGUCCCGUCGGCAGCGAAGCCCCCAUCCCCCGAGAAGACGACUCCUGUUGCUUCCACGCCGUCUUCGACACCAAUCCCUGCGCUGUCCCCACCUGCCAAAGCACCAGAGCCGAACGAGGCCGUGGGCGACGCUGCCCAGACCAAGCUCAUCAUGCUGGUCGAUGACUUCUACUACGGACGGGAUGGCGGCAAAGUGGCCCAGCUCACGAACUUCCCCAAGGUCGCCACAUCUUUCCGGUGCCCACACUGUACCAAAAGGCUAAAAAACAACAUUCGAUUCAUGAACCAUAUGAAACACCACGUAGAACUCGAUCAGCAGAAUGGUGAGGUGGAUGGUCACACCAUCUGCCAGCACUGCUAUCGCCAGUUUUCCACUCCCUUCCAGCUCCAGUGCCACUUGGAAAAUGUUCAUAGUCCCUAUGAAUCGACUACCAAGUGCAAGAUCUGCGAGUGGGCGUUCGAGAGGCCGCUCUUCCUGCAGCACAUGAAGGACACUCAUAAGCCUGGCGAGAUGCCGUACGUUUGCCAGGUGUGUCAGUAUCGCUCCUCGCUCUACUCGGAGGUGGACGUCCAUUUCCGGAUGAUCCACGAGGACACUCGGCAUCUCCUCUGCCCGUAUUGCCUGAAGGUCUUCAAAAACGGCAACGCAUUCCAGCAGCAUUACAUGAGGCACCAGAAGAGGAAUGUUUAUCACUGCAACAAGUGCCGGCUGCAGUUUCUCUUUGCCAAGGACAAAAUCGAACACAAGCUUCAGCACCAUAAAACCUUCCGCAAACCCAAGCAGCUGGAAGGUUUGAAACCAGGCACCAAGGUGACAAUCCGGGCUUCCCGAGGUCAGCCGCGAACCGCACCUGUCUCCUCCGGUGAUGCACCUCCCAGCAGCCUGCAGGAGGCGGGGCCGCUGGCCUCGACGGACCCUCUGCCAGUCUUCCUUUACCCCCCCGUCCAGCGCAACGUCCAGAAGAGAGCCGUCAGGAAGAUGAGCGUCAUGGGCCGGCAGACGUGUCUGGAGUGCAGCUUCGAGAUCCCCGACUUCCCCAAUCACUUCCCGACCUACGUCCACUGUUCUCUGUGUCGCUACAGCACCUGCUGCUCGCGCGCAUACGCCAACCACAUGAUCAACAACCACGUUCCAAGGAAGAGCCCCAAGUAUUUGGCUUUGUUUAAAAAUUCCGUGAGUGGAAUCAGGCUGGCCUGCAGCUCUUGUACCUUUGUCACCUCUGUGGGAGACGCCAUGGCCAAGCAUCUGGUGUUCAACCCCUCUCACGGGUCCAGCAGCGUCCUGCCACGGGGACUCACUUGGAUAUCUCACUCAAGGCAUGGCCAGUCGCGGGAGCGCGUGCACGACCGGAGCUCGAAGAACCUGUACCCUCCUCCUCCCUUCCCCUCUCACAAAGCGGCCACUGUGAAGUCUGCGGGGGCCACCCCAGCCGAGCCCGAAGAGCUCCUCGCUCCCGCGGCCCAGGCACUCCCGUCACCGGCGUCGACCGCGACCCCUCCGCCGACGCCCACUCACCCCCAGCCGAUAGCCCUGCCGCCCUCGGCUCCAGAGGGGGCCGAGUGUCUGAAUGUCGACGACCAGGAGGAGGGGAGCCCGGGCCUGCAGGAGCCGGAGGCGGCCUCGGGGGGCGGGAACAGCGGCGGCCUGGGCAGGAAGGAGCAGCUGUCGGUGAAGAAGCUGCGCGUGGUCCUGUUCGCGCUCUGCUGCAACACGGAGCAGGCCGCCGAGCACUUCCGGAACCCGCAGCGGCGCAUCCGCCGGUGGCUGCGCCGCUUCCAGACCUCGCAGGGGGAGCACCUGGAGGGCAAGUACCUGAGCCUGGAGGCGGAAGAGAAGCUGGCCGAGUGGGUGCUGACCCAGCGCGAGCAGCAGCUGCCGGUGAACGAGGAGACCUUGUUCCAGAAGGCCACCAAGAUAGGACGUUCCUUGGAGGGGGGGUUUAAGAUCUCGUACGAGUGGGCCGUGCGCUUCAUGCUGCGGCACCACCUGACGCCCCAUGCGCGCCGCGCGGUGGCCCACAGCCUCCCGAAGGGCGUGGCGGAGAACGCGGGGCUCUUUAUCGAGUUCGUUCAGCGGCAGAUUCACAAGCAGGACUUGCCCUUGUCGAUGAUCGUGGCCGUCGACGAGAUCUCCUUGUUCCUGGACGCGGAGGUGCUGAGCAGCGACGACCGGAAGGAGAACGCCCUGCAGACCGUGGGCACGGGGGAACCCUGGUGCGACGUGGUGCUGGCCAUUCUGGCGGACGGCACCGUCCUCCCCACCCUGGUGUUCUGCCGAGGACAAGUGGAUCAGCCCGCCGACGUGCCAGACUCCAUCCUGCUGGAGGCAAAGGAGACGGGCUACAGCGAUGACGAGAUCAUGGAGCUGUGGUCCACCCGAGUGUGGCAGAAGCACACCGCUUGCCAGCGCGGCAAGGGCAUGCUCGUGAUGGACUGCCAUCGCACCCACUUGUCGGAAGAGGUGCUGGCUAUGCUUAGUGCCUCCAGCACUUUGCCCGCGGUCGUCCCAGCCGGCUGUAGCUCCAAAAUCCAGCCACUGGACGUGUGCAUCAAACGAACGGUCAAGAACUUCCUGCACAAAAAGUGGAAGGAGCGGGCUCGGGAAAUGGCCGACACUGCGUGGGAUUCGGCGUUCCUGCUGCAGCUGGUCCUGGCCUGGCUGGCCGAGGUGCUGGCCGUCAUCGGGGACUGCCCAGAGCUGGUUCAGCGGUCUUUCUUCGUGGCUAGCGUUCUGCCUGGCCCCGACGGCAACAUGAACUCGCCCACCAGAAAUGCUGACAUGCAGGAGGAGCUGAUCGCGUCCCUGGAGGAGCAGCUGAAGCUGAGUGGGGAACAGUCGGAGGAGCCCUCAGCUUCCACGCCCCGACCCAGGUCGUCUCCUGAAGAGACAGUCGAGCCUGAGAGCCUUCACCAGCUCUUUGAGGGCGAAAGCGAGACCGAGUCCUUCUAUGGCUUUGAAGAGGCUGACCUAGAUCUGAUGGAGAUUUGAGCGUUGGGGUCCAGCGGGGGUGUGAAGCGGGGGCGGGAAGGUGCGAGGGAGGGAGAGGGAUUUAGGGAAAGGGGGUCUACCAAGUGGGGUAUUUGGUUUAUAUUUUUUAAUUUUAUGCCACCACUGCCCCCGAUGUUGACUGACACUUCCCUGUGGAUUUGUGGAUUAUUAGGAAAGCCAACAGCGAGCACGUCUGAGCCAAGGAGCUGGCCCACUGGUCAUUCGCUUGUGCUAAAAACAGGUUUCUGUGACUUUUUUUUAAAUUUAAAUCACUGUGUUUGGUAUUUUUCUGACAAAAUCAAGAAAAGAAAAAAAAAUCCUUCGUGGGCGAAUGUUAAAUUUUUUGUUUCCCCUUUUACCUCAAUUGUAUCAUAGCACAUCUGGGUUUGUUGGUUUGUUUUACUGUGUGGCCAGUGUCUUGGGGCCUGAUGCCAUCCAACCAUUGUCAAUGUGAGAGCAUUUCCGAAGACGGGAAAGACAAAAACAUGUAGCUCACAAACUGGUUUAUUAUAUAUAUGGAAAAAAAACUUUUUUCAUUGUGGUCUUAACACUUUUAUAUAAAAACGAAAAUGGAAAAAAAAGUCCCACUGAACUCUC